CCUAUACUUGGCCAGACAUUCGGGGUACGGUUCCACACCAUGUCCAUGCGCGAGUACUCCACUAUCCUGCGAGAAGCCGGAUUGACCACUCCUGGUCCCGAUGGAGCCGCCGACAAACUGCAAAUCGAGCAUGUAUUCGUCGUGACGCUCGGUGAAAAUCUCGAAAGGAUGGUCCACAAACUAGUCGAUACCACCUUGCUCCUCUCCCUCAAUUUGAUACGCGCACUCAAAGUUCUCUCGUACGCAUCAUCUGCAUUUCUUCUCCUUUACGGGACCUCGAAACUCAUCCAAGCCAUCCAGGGGAAUGCGAGCAGUCCUGGGAGUACUACCGACCCCAAAACUCUGUAGUUGGAAGAGCUACCCAAAGGAGUCUCUCCACGGGGUCGGCACUCUCUCGACACGGUCGCAGAAUAUAUCUCUUUCGUGAAACAUCGUGGCCCUUUGACGUACAACAUACGAACGUACAAAAUGGAGAUGGGUGAGAUUCGUUCGUGUCUUUCGAGUGGGGGAUUGGCACCAAUCGUGGAAAGGAGACAACCCAAUCAACCUGUGUUUGCAUCCUUCUCUUCCGUUCCGGUUGGUCUCAGUGGAGGGGAGGCGGGACGAGUUGGAUUGAUUUCUUUCCCAAAUAUCACAAAAGUUGCCUUUUUAUCGCCCAAAAACGACAGCUAAUGCUAGAAACAAGUGUCGCCACAUACAACACCGGUUUCUCUUUACCGCGCUGAGUCUGCAAAUUGGCCUUUCUGUAAAUCCUUCAUUGACAGUGAGAUUAACUGUGUGGCCACCUGUUUCAUGCAAUGCAGUUAUUCUCCGCAUCGGAACUCCAACAUCCUCAAAGAUGCAAGACUUGUCGUCCUUACGUGUACAUCAUACAGUAUCGUGCCUGCGAGGAUACCUUCGACAUUGUCGGGAUCAAAGGAUUCGCCACUCCACCACGUCCACAAAAGCUCACCCUUGCAUGAUUAUUGGGAUUUUGCGGGAAUCCUAUAACGUUUGGGAACGCCGAGCACCACUCACUCCCGAUAACGUACAAGUACUCCUGUCUAGCAAUCCCGGUCGCUCGCGCAUCCUCGUACAACCUAGUCGUCGCCGGGUCUUUCAAGAUCUAGAAUAUCGCAAAUCCGGUGCCGUUGUCACGGAAAGCCUGAAAUUGCCGAUUGCACCACGGAUCAUGGAAUAUCAGUGUUGGCAGUGGACAUUUUGCCGACAGAGUUCCCUCGGGAAAGUAGUCAACACUUUGGACAAGAAGCUGAGGCGUGCAUCGCAAAGAUCGAUGGAACGCUUGAGCAAGGAUUCCGCUAUCUUAAAAAGAGCACCAACAGCACAGAUGUCCGCAAAAUAUUCAAUCGUGCUUCUAUUGGAAGGCCACUUGUUUGAUUCGGGUUUUAUCAACCAAGUCCUGGACGUGAUUAAAGGAAAUGGCUGUGCAAUAGAAUUUCAAGAAUGCACCUUUCCGACACAAUCUGCUGAACGGAAGAGCGCAAAAUCGCUGGUCAUACUCAGUAUACCGGGAUCCGAUGCAGCUGCCCUCGGAAAAGUUGAAUCCAAAAUUCACAUUCUUGCACAAGUAAUUGAAAAGGCGGAAGCAACAAUCACCAGAGUGGAUCACCAAAGGAUGGAUGACAACUUCACGCAAACACUGGUGAACGUGGAAGUGCCCAACAUUUCCAAGAGAAUUCUUGUAUUAGGGGCUGGUAUGGUUUCCAAAAGUGUGGUUGACCUUUUGGGCCGGUCGGCGAAUCAAGAAAUCACCGUGGCCAGUGAGAACCACGAGGAAGCCCGCCUUACAGCAGCCUUCUCUAAGCAUGAUCGCCACGUUGGCCUUGGUGUGGUCAAUGAUGUCAAGCGUCUCUCUGAUCAUAUUGAAAGCGCUGAUAAAGUAGUUAGUUUAUUACCGCCCCCGAUGCACUUUCAAGUGGCGCUGGACUGCAUCAAGCACAAAACUGAUCUUGGCCGAGCCAAGGAGGCUGGUGUUAUUAUACUGAAUGAAAGUGGAUUAGAUCCUGGGCUUGAUCACAUGAGUGCGAUGAAAAAAAUCGAUGAUAUAUUAUCUCGGGGUGGCCGUGUCACGGUGUUCGCAAGUGUGUGCGGAGGACUGCCGUCUCCGGAAGCAGCUGACAAUCCUCUGAAGUACAAAUUUAGCUGGAGUCCAAAGGGUGUAAUACAGACCAGUCAAAGCGAUGCUCGGUAUCGAUGGGAGGGUCAGGUCCUUCAAGUACAUGGGAGCGAUUUGCUCGCUGCUGCGGCUCCUUUCCUCCAUGCAUGGCCCAAACUUGGACUGGAAUGCUUGCCGAACCGUGACUCGCUUCGCUACGAACAUAUAUACAACAUCGGAGGCGCUAAAGCUACAUUGCGAUAUCGAGGUUUCUCAAGCUGCUCUUAUGGGCUUUUUUGCCUUCGUGAUCAACGUGGUGGCUCUCUGAAUGUGGAAGACUUUAUACUGGCAUGCGUUGCCGACAAUUUUGACGAGGCUGUGGCUGUCUUGGAUACUUUGAUUUGGCUUGGGGUUCUACCAGGACACAUUCCGGUGUCUGGCAGCAACAUCGUGGAAGCCUUCUUCAAUUUUUUGGAAGACAAACUGCGGUACAAAGAAAGCGAAAGCGAUAUGGUCCUUAUGCACCACAUAAUCGAGGCCUCUUUUGAACGAGCCAGAAGCGAGCGCCACCUCGCCAGUCCGCAAGUUUUUGGAGAGGAAGGUAUUUCCGCCAUGGCAAAGUGCGUUGGCUACACUACAGCAUCAUCAGCUGGGCUGAUUCUUAGCUUUGCAUUAGAUGAUCUGCUCGGCCUUCUCCUUCCGACAUCACCACGUGUUUAUGAGCCUGUCCUUGCGGCGAAGAAGGAAUCGCCUUCCACGAAACGUGCACAUCAGAUCAGGCAAACGAGAUAG